AUGUUGGCCAAUGAAGGUGAGGUUCAGGUGACAGCCCGGAUGGAGACCACCCCUGCGAUGGGCGUCCCUAGUAUCUCUGUUUCCCAGCAACAGGCCCCUACAAAGUUUGCACCUGUGGUGGCCCCCAAACCUAAGUUCAACCCGUACAAGGACCCCACUGACCCUGCUGGAGGCGACUACCCCCCACCCCCUCCACCUGCUGGUGACGGAGGCCUCUCAUCCCCCAUCUCUUUCCCACCACCUCCACCCAUGGACAGAGAAUAUCAGAUGCAUGGACCAGAGAAGACCCUGGAAGAGAGGCGGUCCAGUCUGGACGCUGAGAUUGACUCUCUGACCUCCAUCCUAGCUGACCUGGAGAGUAGCUCACCUUACAAGCCCCACAAUACACAGAACUCUGUAACUCUUCCAUCUUCCAACUCUGGAACUCUGACCGGUCCCAACGCUCCGGUGACAGGGUACAAGCGUAUGGUCAUCCCCACCCAGCCUCCUCUGACGGCCACCAAGAAGUCCUCUCCCAAGGCCGGGGCCCCAGGCGGAACACUGCCCCGGCCCCAAGCGGAAAACUCCUCCUCCGCUCCCCUCUCCUCAGCCUCCGUAGUGGCCAGGCCUCCGUUCCAGACGGCCCCCCAGCCCGUCCCAGCCUCCUACACCACAGCCUCCACCCCCAGCCAGCCCACCUUCAACGUACAGGUGAGGUCUGCCCAGCCCGGACCCCAGCACCAGUCCUCUGGGCCCCCCCAGCAGUUUGCCCAGCAGCCCAACCGGAGCCCGGCCCAGUACAUGUCGGCCCAGCCCAGGGGCCCUGACUUCGCCUAUGGGCCUCCCCAUCCAGGCUUCGCCCCUCAAGGGUACCCAGAGCAGGCCUACUCGGGAGCAGGAGGGUACAGAGGAGUACCAGGGAACACCUGGAGGCCAGAACCUGCUCCUACCCAGCAGGGCUACCCACAACCUGUCCCUAAGAAGACCUACAUCACAGACCCUCCUGCCAGCCUGGUUCCUCCUGAACACCUCAACCCACAGAAGAAGCUCAAACAGGAAGUAUCCGUGACUCGCUCCGAUGAGAAAUGGUCAUCAGAAUCACAGAUUAUGCUACAUGACUGCUUUCCUAGUGCUGAUUGGAAUAUGUUCUCAGACUCCGCCGCUAACAUCGACGAGUUAACCACCUCCGUCACCGGCUUCAUAAGGACAUGCAUUGGCGAUGUUGUCCCCACAGUGAAGGUUCGCUGCUUCCCCAAUCAAAAGUCCUGGAUUAACACAGAGUUUGGCACUAAGCUAAAGGACAGGGCUUCCACACACAGGGCUAUCGCAGACAACCCUAAGGCUACGGCUGAGGACAGGAACAAGUACAAGGAGUCCCCCUACGAACUCCGCAGAGUCAUCAAACAACCUCUGACAUGUGACGAUGCCACAGAAGGACCAGAGCAGAGCCCAGGAGCCUGA